AUGAAGAAUUUUGUCAAAUUUUAUGUUUUUCUCUUCGUGAACAUCGUUUUAGUCAAUGGUGAAUUUCGUUUUGCAAAUUAUUAUCAAGAUCAUAUGGUUCUUCAACGUUCUCCACAAAAAUCCAUUGUUUGGGGUUACAGUGACGCGCAAAAUGUCUCAAUUAUAUUAACAAUCAAUAUGAAAAUUUACCAAACAAAAAUUUUUUCAUCAAAUGAAAACAUUUGGUCGAUUACACUUGAUCCAGAAAGUAAUGAAGGUCCUUUUGAACUUGUUGCUACACAAAUCUUUUCAAACAGAUCGAAGAAAUCAAUUUCUCUUCGUGAUAUUCUCUUUGGUGAUGUUUGGUUAUGUUCUGGUCAAUCAAAUAUGGAAAUGUCAGUACAAAAAAUAUUUAAUGGUUCAAUUGAAAUUGCAAAUGCAGGAAAAUAUCCAAAAAUACGAUUAUUUACAGUAGAAAAAAGACAAUCAAUGCAACCAGAAGAUGAACUUUUAGGUAUUACUCUCAAUUGGUCAAUUGCAUCUGUAGAAAGUGUCGGAAGUAUUUAUACAUCAGCUGUAUGUUGGAUUUAUGGUCGAAUGAUUCAUAUAGAAUUAGAUGAUCAUCGACCAAUUGGUCUUAUUCAUACAUCUUUGGAUGAAUCAUCAAUUGAAUUAUGGUCACCACCUGAAGUUUUCAAAGAUUGUCAUAUGUUAAUAAAGAACGAUGAAGUCAAAUUGAAUAAUUCUAUUAUUUAUAAUGCAAUGAUUUAUCCAUUAACACGAAUGAUAAUCAAAGGAGUAAUUUGGUAUCAAGGAGAAGCAAAUGUCAAUUAUAAUCGAGACAAAUAUCAAUGUACAUUUCGGAAAAUGAUUCAAUAUUGGAGAUUUACAUGGCAACAACGUACAAAUUCUCUCAUAGAUUCAAAAUUUCCAUUUGGUUUUGUUCAAUUAUCAACAGGAGAAUCAACAGGAAAGAUUAUUGGUGGAUUUCCAUGGAUUCGAUGGCAUCAAACAUUUGAUAUUGGUUUUACACCAAAUAAUGCAACUGAAAAUGUAUUUAUGGCAACAACAAUCGAUUUACGUGAUGAUCAAGGAGGUAUUCAUCCUCGAACAAAACUUGAUGUUGGUUAUCGUCUUUCUCGAUCUGGUCUUGCUAUUGUUUAUAAACAAACAAAUGUUGUUUAUCAAGGACCAAUUCCAAAUGAAGUUGUACGAGAUAGUUUCGAUCGAAUGAAUGUUACAUAUUUAAGUACAUUUUCAUCAUCAAUUGAACUACGAAAUUCAAAUGGAUUUGAAAUAUGUUGUGAAAAUCAACAAAUAUGUAUAUUAAAUGAAACCAAUUGGUUAUCAGUAACACCUAUUUAUGAUCCAUUUUCACCGAUUACUGUUAAACUUCUUAUACCAACAAUAUGUCAAUCGAAAUCAAUUCAUGCUGUUCGAUAUUUAUGGAGAGAAACACCUUGUCUUUUUAAACAAGCAGCUGUUUAUAGUACAGCUGAUUCAAAUUUACCCGCUCCACCAUUUAUUCGAUUUUUAUAA